CUACAAUCACAAUCAAGAGGGAACGAACAUAAUUAAAAUUUUGCUAAGCAUGAAACAGUAAUGUUUCCAAAAUGUACAUCUAUUAUAUCUACUGAGUACGAUCGAUUGUACAUAAAUGAAUGCUUGAACCAAAGAUAUCUCGGAAAACGAGAAAAUCUAAUAUUUUCAAGUCAAUGCCCGCGUAGCGUAAUGUUUACGAUCGUUUGACCGCUCGUGUUGAAAGAAAUGAUCUUAUACAGCCACUUAAUGAAAUUUAGAGUUUUUAUGUGGUGUUGCAGUUUCCAAUCGUCUUUUUUAUUAUUGUUUAUUGCCUUUGAACAAAGCUAAUUUAAAAGGUAAACUAUAUUGAAAUAACAAAUAAACGGUCAUUUGUACGCUUCCGGUACACUAAUUUGAUGAGGUGCUUGUUUGUUGUAAAAUCUAUGGCCAAUUAUUCGUAAUAUUUAGCAGACAUGGCUGCUUACCAGUUGAUGAGUAAUAGCAUAGCAUUUAAGUUUGUUAGGUGUACAGUAAGUUAGCCAAAUAAUGGGUAAAAUGCAUAGGAUUAAACAGAGCAGGGAAUUAUAGACGACCUUACAAAUUUGGUGUUAAAGGUCACUUUGUUUCAUUGUUGUUAUUCGCUACAUUGAAAAAUAAGGAAUUAAUUUUCGCCUUUUCAACGUGUACAUACAUCUUCAAUUUCAAAUAAAUCUUAGCAUUUGGCCACACGUAUGAGUCAAGUUCACAGCAUAUAAAUGUUUUGAAAUAUUUACCUCUUUUAACUGUUUCAAACAUUAAAUUUUAAAAAAGUAUCGAUCAAAUAUAUUAAACAUUACUGGAGUAAAUUUACCAUUCAAACGCUUUGAACGUUGAAAAUGAGUUUGCUGCUAGAAGUUUCGUGCCCAUUCAUGAUACUUUUUGGACUGAUUCUGACGAUCAACGUAUUUCAAAGCAAUGAAUGGGAGCAGACCGACAUGAGUACUAUAUUUAGUCAGGCCAAUUGGAUGAACGGUGGAAUAUGGGAAAGAUGUAUGAAUUACGCGAAUAGUGGGACGGUGACAUGUUCAGGGUUCGAUAAUUUUUUUCUCGGUUUGCCACUGCAUAUACAAGCAGCUCGAGCAUUUUCUAUAUCAUCUCUUGUAUUCGGAGCUGCUGGGACCUUACUCUCAAUUUUUGCUGUCGCGUUCUGUCCUUGUGCAAGCCAGACAGCUGAAUACAGGGUUCGAGUUCGUCUCAUUGGCGGAAUAUGCGGGAUAAUUGGUGGAUUGUCGAUUGUUGCUGGUGUCUCGUGGUUCGCUUCUUCUGUCAUGAACACGUACUACAAUUCAAUGAUGAUAUCUCCAGACUCCGAAAGGCUCGCGUUCGGGAAUGCAAUUUUCAUCGGAUGGGCUGCCGGUGCUAUAAGUUUGGUGGGAGGAUUGAUAGCAGUUUGCAUGUGGUGCGCAUUUUCUGACCACCAAGAAGAAUCGCUCAUUAGUCGGAAAGAAGUACGUCAUCUGAAGUCAUAUCAACCACCACAGGCACAAGAAUAUGUGUAAUGACACAAUUACCGCUUAGAAUGCUGUUAGUACUAUCUGAAACAUGGAUCAUAAAUAAUUUUCAAUCAUUUGUCUGUACAUGUCUAUGUACUACGAUGUAUUACUGAUACCAUAAUCCUUUACAUAUAUAGCAUAAGUCAUGCUAAAACCCUCGUCUAAAAUUGGAAACUCAUUACCAUUAACUCUAACUGCAAUAUGAUUUAUCAGAAUAAAGCUGAGUAAA